AUGCAGUUGCUAAGGAUACCUGCUCAGUGCAGGAUCCUGAGUAGGCAUCAAAGCCGCGCCCUGCCAGCCCGAAUCUCGAGAGCCUCUAUCCCCAACGCUUGUCGCCAUGCCUUCCUUCAGAGGCGGUUCCAGUCCUCCGCCAUCGAGGCCGGGGAAAAACCGUUCUACGCGACGACGCCCAUCUUUUACGUCAAUGCCUCUCCCCACAUCGGCCACGCACACUCCAUGGUCCUCGCCGACGUCUUCAAGCGCUGGGCCACCCUCCAGGGCAAACGCGCCAUCCUCUGUACCGGCACCGACGAGCACGGCAUGAAGAUCCAGCGCGCCGCCACCAAGGCCGGCCACCCGCCCAAGGACUUCUGCGACACCUACGCGCAAAAGUUCCGCGAGAUCGCCGACUCCCUCACCCUUUCGGAGCAUGACUUCAUCCGGACGACCGACGCGCACCACGUCGCGGCCGUGCAGCAGUUUUGGAAAGAGCUCAACGAUAGGGAUCUGAUAUACGAGACUACGCACAAGGGGUGGUAUAGCGUGAGCGACGAGUGCUUUUACCCCGAGAGCAUGAUCCAAAGGUCAUUCGUGCCGGAGACGGGUAAGGUGAUUUGGUCCGCUGUGGAGAGCGGGAGCGAGGUGGAGUGGGUUGAGGAGAAGAAUUAUCAUUUCCGGAUGACGGCGUUUAGGGAUCAGUUGUUGGAGUUUUACAGGGCGAAUCCCGAUUGGAUCACGCCGCAACAUAAGAUGAAGGAGGUCGUCUCGUGGGUCGAGAACAACCUCGAGGACCUUUCCAUCUCGAGGCCGUCGAACAGGCUUUCGUGGGGUAUCCCCGUGCCGGACGACCCAAGUCAAACGGUCUACGUGUGGGUCGACGCCCUCAUCAACUACAUCAGCAACACGGGCUAUCCGAACUGGACCCCCGAAAUCAUGCGCGAGCGGGGGUGGCCGGCCGACGUGCACGUCAUCGGCAAGGACAUUCUACGCUUCCACGGCGUGUACUGGCCCGCCUUGCUCCUCGCGCUAGACUUGCCCCUGCCCAAGCACCUGCUGACGCACGCCCACUGGACGAUCGGCGGGAGGAAAAUCUCCAAGUCGGCAGGCAACGGGGUAUCGCCCAUCUUCGCUGUCGACAGGUUCGGGCCCGAUACUAUUCGGUUCUUCCUCAUGAGGAAGGGCGCCAUUAGGGACGACUCGCUCUUUGAGAAUGGCGAGGUUGCGAGGGUGUAUAGGACUGAUUUGGCGGGUACGUUUGGGAAUUUGUUGUCGAGGGUUAUGAAGACGAAGAGGUGGAGCGUGGUGUUGGCCGUGCAGACGGAGACGGCGAAGGGUAGUGAUACUGAACCUUGUCCGCUUGGUCUGGAGACUCUGCGUGAGAAGGUGGCGGCCGAGAUGGAUGCUCUGCGUCCGGACAAGGCCUUGGCCUUGAUCAUGGAUACCCUCACAGAGGCCAAUAAAUACAUGUCUCAAACCGAACCCUGGAACCUCUGCAGCGCAGCCGCAAAGCAGGACCCCGCCAACCUCGCCCGCCUCAGCUACGUCAUCUUCACCCUCGCCGAAUCCUUCCGCAUCUCCUCCAUCCUGCUCCUCCCCUACAUGCCCGAGCGCGCCUCCGAGGCCCUCGACCGCCUGGGCGUCGACCCGGAGAAGCGCACGUUCGAGUACGCCGUGCGCGGUGCCGAUAACACGUACGGCAUGAGUCGGAAGCCGAGGGCCGAGCUCAAGGGUUCGACGGGCUCGCUGUUCCCGCCGCUUGGGGAUGAGUUUCCUGAGGAGGACGGGGAGCCGCUUGUUGAGGAUCGGAAGGCGAGGAAGGGGAAGAGGGAGGGGAAGAAGUCUAGGGGGAAGGGGAAGAGGGAAAUCCAAGAACUCACAGCCUCGGAACCGCUCUCACUCGAAGAAGAAUACGAGAACCAGAUCUCAUGGAGGCAAAGCGCCGACAAACUAACCUUUAUCAUUUGCCUCCCCCGGGACGCGAGUAACGGCGGGGAAAAGGCCGAGGUGGGGAAGGAUGAUGCGGAGGAGAGGAUGCUCGGUGACAUCAACUUCUUCCUGUACGAUGACAACGAAGAUGAAGAUGACGAGGCCGAAGAAUCUGCUGAUCCUGCGAGAGGAGGAAGAAAGGAGAGGAAAGUCUUUGGGGAGGUUGACAUUAUGAUUGCGGAGAGUGCCCAGAGGGGACAGGGGCUGGGAAGGGCAGCUCUGAGGGCUUUCCUGGCGUUUAUACGGACGAAUUUGGAGAGGAUACUCGCGGAGUAUGCGGGUGCCUUUUGCCAGGGCAAGGUCGAGGAGGUACGGUUGACGAAGCUUGUGGCUAAGAUUAAAGAGAGGAAUGUCUCGAGUAGGGCCUUGUUUAAGAGUUUGGGCUUCGUGGAGGUUGGGGCUGCUAACUACUUUGGAGAGAUUGAGAUGGUCUUGGAGGGAUUUACGAAGGGGCACUGGGAUCUGGAGGAAGAAGAGAGACUCGAGUUGAGGAAACUGGCAUCCGCCAACCCGUCACCACCCGGAGUCGUCGUGGCGCUCGCUACCAACGCCGGCCCUGAAUAA